UAUCAUUAUUGACAACAAAUCUAUAUUUCAUAAUGUAAAACUACCAUCACAAGCAAUGACAAUCAAAAGAUCAUAAAACAACAUUAUUAUUGCACCUUUUUCUUUGUGUAUUUUUGCUACCCCCUCCUUUAUAUAACCUCCCAUAAUCACUCCUCAUGCAAAAAAACCUCUUACUCCCACUUUCUCUCAACCCUUUCAUCUUUCAACACUUUCACCUUAUUAUUAUUAUCACAAAUGUCUCAAAUCGACAUAAAAUCACCAAAACAUUGCGCAAAAAAAGGUUUCAACUUCAACUUCCUUAACAAAAAACUCUUCAAAAUCCUCUCUACACUAGUAUUCUCCAUCCUUUCAUUCAUACUUCUCAUUUGGUUCAUCCUCCACCCUGCAAAACCUCAGUUCAUCAUCCAAGAAAUCGACGUCUACCAGCUUAACUUCUCAUCCCCUCACAUCCUAAACUCCUCCAUCGAGAUCACCUUAGAAGCUCGAAACCCUAACAAAAGAGUUGGAAUUUACUACGACGAGCUACAAGCUUAUGCUUCUUACAAAGGGCAACAAAUAACUCUACAUACACCAAUCCCUCCUUAUUACCAAGGACAACAAGAUAGUAACUUGAUAUCGGCUUCACUCGUUGGUAACGGCCUCCCCGUGUCCCCUUCACUUGGCUAUGAAGUAGGCCGUGAUCAUGCUUUAGGGAAGAUGAUACUAGUGUUCAAGUUUGAUGGAAGGAUUCGAUGGAAGGUUGCGAGUUGGGUUUCAGGAAGUUAUCGUAUAAAUGUUAAUUGUGUGACUAUUUUACCUCUUACACCGCUUAAUCCUACAGGUUUUUUGAGUUCUAAGCAGGGGACUCAAUGUUCUACUGACAUAUAGAAUUGUAGAUCCGAUUCAGUAUAUUUAUACCAUUAGCUAAGAAUCUUAGUUAUGAGAUUCAAGUAUAAAAUCAAAGUAUCUUCUUAGUUUGUUUUUAUUCUUAUUCCUUUUCUUUAUUUUUGUGUAGUGAAUAUGAUAAUGACUGAUAUAGAUAGAACUAGAUGUAAGCCCGUGCGAUUAUAUAUAUUAGAUUAGCAAAAUGAACAGAAAGAUUAAAUAUAGAUUAUAGGAAUUUAGUAUUAGUAGAUUACUUAAAGUUAUCUUCUUUUCCUUAUUACUUUACUUAUCGAAUAAUAUUAUACUUCUUCCGUUUUCUAGUAAUUGCUAUAAUUUUCAGAUUUAAAAGUUUCAUAUUAAUAGUUAUGUUUCUUUUGUUUAUAAAUUUUGUAUGUAUUACUCUCUUAUUCUUUAAUAUGUUUGUCUUCUCGAUAUGUAGCAACUAAUAGAAAACGAAGGUUAUAAAAGAGGAUCAAUCAAUCGAAGGAUGAGAAGAUACUGUCUCCUGAUAUGAUUUUGAUUGAUUAAAUUCAAGCAAAGAGAAAAGAAGGGAUAAAAACAGGUCACAAAAUGAGAUUCCAAAGAGAAGAAAAGUGCAAAAAUACAAAAGACCAAGAAAUAGUGAAAUCUUUGCUACUAAGGAAUCUUUGUAAGCACAGCACCUAGUGUACUCACCCUAUCAGAGUCUCAGUCUCUCAUGCAGAGCAACUAGCUACUGGGCCCCUGUGUCUCUAGAGAUAAAUCAGGGUGAAAUCGGCACUCAGGUCAAGUUAAGCUCGGGGUAGGUAGCUAUGUUAAAUCUUCGCCUACGUAACUCUGACUCUUCAUUUCAACCAAUUAAAGUUUGAGAUUAUGAAUAUAAUAUUAUACAAUAAUGAAAGGAUAAUUCGAGUA